ACCAAAUUACCCACAAUUCAUUUGGUGGACCCGUUGUGAGUUUCCGGUAUGGUGCAUGUCGCCUUUUCCCUCGCAGCGCUUGGUUUGUAGUUGGAUUUUUGUUUUGUUUUAAUCUAAAGCUACAAAACACCACAAUUGGAUAAGAAUCACUUAUAGCAUUUCACUGAAGGAGGAGAUACAACGAAGCCGCCAAGAUGCCGCGAAUUAUGAUUAAAGGAGGCGUCUGGCGCAACACUGAGGAUGAGAUCCUCAAGGCAGCUGUAAUGAAAUAUGGGAAAAACCAGUGGUCCCGUAUCGCCUCCCUGCUGCACCGAAAGUCUGCAAAACAGUGUAAAGCCCGAUGGUACGAGUGGUUGGACCCCAGUAUCAAGAAAACAGAAUGGUCCAGAGAAGAGGAGGAGAAGCUGCUUCACUUGGCCAAGCUGAUGCCCACCCAGUGGAGGACCAUUGCUCCUAUCAUAGGAAGGACUGCUGCUCAGUGUCUGGAACACUACGAAUACCUGCUGGACAAAGCAGCUCAAAGAGACAAUGAGGAGGAAGUGGGAGAUGACCCCAGAAAGUUGAAACCAGGAGAAAUUGAUCCCAAUCCUGAAACAAAACCUGCCAGACCUGACCCUGUGGAUAUGGACGAAGAUGAGUUGGAGAUGCUUUCAGAGGCCAGGGCUCGUUUGGCCAACACCCAGGGCAAGAAAGCGAAGAGGAAGGCCAGAGAGAAACAGCUGGAGGAAGCCAGGCGGCUGGCUGCUCUGCAGAAACGCAGAGAGCUGAGAGCAGCAGGAAUCGAUGUUCAGAAGAAGAGAACGAAGAAGAGAGGAGUAGACUAUAAUGCUGAAAUCCCUUUUGAAAAGAAACCUGCACCGGGUUUCUAUGACACCAGCAUGGAGCAGUAUGAUGCUCAGGAGCCUAAUUUCAAGAGGCUCAGACAGCAGCACUUGGAUGGAGAAUUACGCAAUGAGACUGAAAAGAGGGAGAGGAAGAAAGAUAAACAGAAGAUAAAGAAGAAGAAGGAGAGUGACUUGCCGUCUGCCAUCCUGCAGACCAGCGGAGUGGCUGAGUUUACCAAAAAACGUUCCAAACUAGUGUUACCCGCACCACAGAGCUGUCCGGCUACAGUGGAGCCUCCCAGCGGAGCGAUCCAGCCCUGUCACAUCCGAGAGGCUAUUAGAAGAUACAACUACAGACACACAAGUGCCUAUGCCAGGAGUGGGAUGACCUACCUCACCUGCUGAGGACGUAUCAAUUAUUUUAGGCAUAUUCUUGGAUUUUAUUCUAUACUUUUUUUUUUUUUUCAAUUUCUAUUGUAAUAAAAACUUUUCAGUAAGCCGGUGUCAGAUUCAUGGUU